GUUGGAGCGGACUCUUGAGAGAUGGCACUGCGUCCCCCCAGGCCUCCCCGACGGUGCUGGGGGGAGGCUGGGGAGAGCCUGGGUGACGAGGGGCUUGGGGCGACAACAGGCACGGACGGCCCAGGCGGCUGGAGCGCUGCAGGUCUCCUUAUCAGCGCCCGAGGAUCGGGGCGUCGCCGCCCGUCGCCUUCAAAUCGGGCGCAGCCGCUUCUCCCGCCCCAGCCCGUCCUAUCCCAUCCCAUCCCAGCCCGUCCUGUCCUGUCCCGUCCCGUCCCGUGCCGGCAGGAGAGCAGAGCCAUGCUGCACUGGGGAUACGACGAGCACAACGGGCCUGCCCACUGGAAGGAGGUUUUUCCUGUUGCUAAUGGAGACCGUCAGUCACCCAUCGACAUCAAAACUGAGGAAACCAAGUAUGAUCCCUCCCUCCGUCCUCUAAAUCCCAGUUAUGAUCCAGCUUCUGCUAAAAUCAUCCUUAACAACGGGCACUCCACCAGUGUGGAGUUUGAUGACACCGUCAACAAAUCAGUGCUGACUGGGGGGCCACUCAGUGGGACCUACAGGCUGCGCCAGAUUCAUUUCCACUGGGGAUCCAAUGAUGAAGCUGGGUCUGAGCACACGGUGGAUGGGAUGAAGUAUGCGGCAGAGCUUCAUGUGGUCCAUUGGAAUGCAGAGAAGUAUUCCAGUUUUGUUGAGGCAGCUUGUCAGUCAGAUGGACUAGCAGUCAUGGCUGUAUUUCUGAAGAUUGGUGAAUGCAACCCUCAACUGAACAAGAUUACGGACCGCUUGGACACCAUCAGAAUCAAGGGAAAAAAAGCACUCUUCACAAACUUUGAUCCCAGCUGUCUGCUUCCCAAGUCCCUGGACUACUGGACAUACUUUGGCUCUCUCACUGUUCCACCUCUUCUUGAGAGUGUCAUCUGGAUUGUUCUGAGAGAGCCCAUAAGUGUUUGUUCUGAGCAGCUGGCCAAAUUCCGCAGCCUCCUGAGCACUGCUGAGGAUGAGGUCGCCUGCUGCUUGCUGAGAAACUUCCGGCCUCCCCAGCCUCUAAGGGGACGAGAAGUCAGAAGGAAUUGAAGGAGUAAAUCCAGAGUAGGCUCCCUCUGAAACCAAAGGCUGAAUUCAUUUUAAUAGUUAAUAUACUUUGUGAUGUUUAAUUUUUUUGUGAGUUGUUUUAACCAAUAGGUGUUGUUUUAUUAGUGGUUUCCAUGCAGUCAUUUCUCACAGGCACGUAUGUCUGGAGUUAUCACAGGUUCAUUGAUGUUAACAGGUCUGACUGGGUUUGAGUGCAUUGGCUUGGAAGCACUGAGCCAUCAGCAUUGCAUACACAGAGGUCACUGCUAAUCAUAAGGGACAAAUAUGGUGAAGGAGUUGCCCAAAUUUUGCCACCAAAUUAUUGAGCAAGAUCCUUGGUAUUAUUGACAGUAUAGGAUGUUCUGGGAUUAUUCUUCUGGUCUCUAGCAUAACAUUUAGCUUCUGUAUAAACCUCACAUUGCAGUUCUCAAGGAAAAAAUAUUUCAAGGAUGAUGUAAUUUCAUUGCUGACUUCUGCAAUCAUGUACUGAUUGAUAGUUUUUUUUUUAAAAAUAAAUAGUAGGGAUUUUGUAUAUUGCAAGAUCAGGUCAGGUAGAUUAGGUAUUCCUGAAUUUCACAAUGUCACAAGAUGAAAUUAUCCUGAAACCUGAAAACUGCAAGGUGGAAGGGCAUAGAGGGAGCUGUUUGUGCCUAAAUCCAGUUUGUUGCACGUGGGGAAAAAUAAGGGAUUAUUACACUGUAUCCAUGUAGCAUCAGACUUUUGCCACUUAUAAUCAAGAGGCAGGGGUAGCUGUUGUUCCAGACUGUUGCACGCACAAGUGUGACCCACAUGCUGCUUACCUCUCAUCUCGCUGUGGAGCACAGUACUGCCCAAGUAUAGAAUGUGUCAAGGUGCUGGCUGAUGUUCUGCUAUCAUAGGUGAACUUCAGUGGUUGCACUUUUAUUCCAAGACCAAAGAGAAUAAUCAGAGAAAGCCAAAGAAAUCAGAAUCAAGUCAACAUCUAAUAAAAACCUCACCCCUCAAUAGCAAUAUGUUGAAACUUCUGUCUUUAUAAGUUGACUUGAGCCGGUGUUUCUCUCAGGAGCCUUUUUUACCUGAAUAUGAGUGGGGGAUUUUACACCAAAUAUUUUUAUUAAUGAACAUUCCACUCUUACAAUGUAGCUUAGGAUAGAAUUAGAUUUACUCUUAAACUGUGAGAACUACAAUGAAAUCCAGUGAGUGAUACCUGAAAGAGGCAGCUAGAGGUUUUACUGGCAGCAACUAACACCAAUCUCUAUAGUACUUCUAACAAAUUCAUCUUCCAUAACUGCUGUCCUUGAAUUCAUUUUUAAAUAGGUUUUAUAAGCUCUGCCUUUUACCUCAGUGGGUCAUUUGACCUUAGAUGAACAAACAUGAGGGAAAUCAUGAUCAGAAUUGACUUUAUAUGCUGUUUUAGAAAAAUAAAUUAGACAUAGAGAUAUAGAUAUUUUAUCUUCAUUUAAGAUAUAUGGAAUUCUUUGUUUUCUACUCCCCAGAAUAUAGCUAUUAUAUUCUGCAAGGCCUCCCAAUGCCUUUUGAAUAUUUUCUGAAGAAAAGAACACAAACAGACCAUUGAAGAAAAAAAAGGCAUUUAUCAGCACUAAAAAGAAAAGUGAGAGUAACUUGGAUGUUUUCACUCCCUUUUUUAGACUUAGGAUUGGGUCUCAAAUGUUUCCCUGUUAUGUGAGUAGCUACAGAAUGGGAAAAAAUAUUUACUAAUUGCAGGAAGGAUACAAAGGAUUUGUUGGUCUCAGAAGAGAAAGGAAUAAGGCUACUGCUUCAUGUUGUAAACAGAAGUUUUACAUAUUUCUUACAUAUUGUAAACAGUAGAGUUGAUUGAAUUCUUUUAUAUUUUUAAGGGUUUUAUCAAAAUAAAAUAUGGAUUUUAUGAAUGUG